AUGUGUGAAAUAUUAUCACUAAUAAAAGAUAUACCAAAAAUUAAAUUGAAUUCAAAUAGAUAUCCACAUAAAUGUGAAAAAGAAGGUCAUAAUAAAAAUCAUCAUAGUCAUAAACAUAACAUAGAAAAUCAAAAACCACAACAAUUAAUACAACAUUAUUUCUCAUCUUUUAAAUUAUUAAUUGAACAUUUAUUUAAAAAGGGAAAUCAAGAAACUGAUAUAAAUUAUCCAAUUUUAAUAAUUUUAAAAAAUGAUAAUAACCAGGAAAAAUCAAAUUAUGAAUCUUUAGAAUCAUUAUCAUAUAAAGAAAAAUUAAUUUUAUUAGAUUAUUUUUUUGGUCAUUUAAAUAUUAUAAUUAUACCACAUAAUCAUCAAGAUUUUAAAAGUUUAACAAAACAAUUAGAUUCAAUUAUAAUUCAAAUAUAUAAUAGAAUUUCAAGAAUUGGAAUUUGGACAGGUAUAACAACAAUAGAUGAUGAAUGUGAUGUUGAUAAACGAAUACCAACAAUGAAUAAAUUAUUAAUUAAAAAUGUUUCAAGAUCAUCACAAUCAACUAAAAAUUUAAUAAAAUUAAAAAAUUUGAUUAUUUCAGAAAUUGAAUUUUUAAAAUUAUUAGGUAAGCAUGAUUCAAAACAUUUAGCAAAAUUAUGUCAUAUAGUUGGAAAUUGGUCAUUUACAGCUCAUGAAUUAACAAAUGAUGAUUUGGUAUAUUGUGUAUAUUUAAUUUUAAACUAUUCAAUAAAAGAGGUUGAAAAAUUGAAAAUUGAACAAACAAAUGAAAAUACAAAUACAAAUUCAAAUUCAAACUCAAACUCAACGUCAAAAUCAAAUUCAUACACAAAAAACUUAAUUUUACCAAAUUCAAAUGAAUUAUUAGCAUUUAUUUUUAUAUUAAGGGAUACUUAUAGAUCAGGAAAUCCAUUUCAUAAUUUUCGUCAUGCAGUUGAUGUAUUACAAGCUUGUUUUUAUUUUUUAAUAAGAUUAGGUUGUUUACCACAAUUUAAACAAUUUAUUAUAAAUCCUUUACAAUCUGAAUUUGAAAUUGAAAAAAAUUUAAAUUUUAAUAUAAAUGAAGAAGAAAUUGAAUUAAUAUCUAUAUCAAAAUUAUUUAAUUCAUCUUUUCCAUCAUCAUCAAAUUCAUUAACUUCAUCUUUUUCUUCUUCAAUUUCAUUAUCAUCUUCAUCAUCAACAUCAGAUUCAAUCACCUCAAAUUCAUCAUCUGUAACAGUAAAACAACCACAAAAACCACAUUUAAAUUCAAUACAAACAUUAGCAUUAUUAAUAGCAGCAUUAGGUCAUGAUGUUGGACAUCCAGGUACAACAAAUGCAUUUAUGAUAAAAAAUAAAGCUCCAACAUCAUUAUUAUAUAAUGAUAGAUCAGUAUUAGAAUCUUAUCAUGCAUCAAUAUAUAUAAAUAAAGUUUUAAAAAUUUUAUGGCCAUCAUUAUUAAUAACUCCUAUUGAUGAAGAAAGUCUUUUAAAUAUAAAUGAUUUAAUCAUAUCAUCUAUUUUAGCUACAGAUAUGGGAGAACAUUUUGAAUAUAUAUCAAAGUUAAAAAAUUUUAAUCAGCAAAUUAAUUCAUAUGAGUUAAAUGAUAUAAUAAAUAAAGAUAAUCAAAUAAAAUUAAUUUUAGCUUUAUUAAUUAAAUGUGCUGAUAUUUCAAAUGUUACAAGACCGCUUAGAAUUUCUUCUCAAUGGGCAGUAAUUUUACAAAGAGAAUUUGAUGAAGUAAAUAAUUUAGAUUCUUAUUUAAAUAAUUUACAAAAUGAUGAAAAUUUAACAAAUUUUUCAAAAUGUUGUAUAAUUGAAGAUGAAGAAAUAAUAUAUCCAAAAUUACCAUUUGAAUUAUCAGAGAUAUUAGAUAAUGAAAACACUAUAAUAAAAAUUUCAAAAGGUCAAAUGUUUUUUAUUUCAACUUUCGCUGAAAAUUUAUUUAAUAAUAUAAGUCAAGUUUAUCCUAAUUUAUCUUUUACUUGUGAAAUUAUUAAUAAUAAUAAAAAAUUUUGGUCAAAUGAAAAAUAA